AUGCGACCGGCCCGGCGACAACGAGACCCACAGACUGGGAGAUACGUAUCGAGCCGAGAGAGUACAGAAGACCUAGCGAGACCGAACAUUCCCGGAACAUUCGACGAUCCGAUAGAGACGACUGAACCGACUGAAACGGUCAAAGAAACUGAGCCGAUUGAGACGCCCGAGACGCUCAAGAGAAACGAUACAAGCGAGACAAUCGAGAAUACCGUACCGGAAGAGAUAAUCCGAAGCGCUAGUGGCAUCGCGAUAGAAGAUCCUAGCGAGCAACUGCAAGCAGAACUAGCAGGCAGAAUGGCAACUCCUAUUCCUGAGCCUAAAGAGGCAAAACCGAUCAAGUUAUUACCAUUUGACAUACCGAAUUUGACGAAGCAGAAUGUCAGAACAUGGAAAUCAGACGUGCAGGAAUUUUGUGAAUCACAAGGAGUAUGGGAGGUAGUAGAGCAGACUCUGAAGAGGCAAGACAAGCCAGGAGAGUUACAGAAUCUACUGGACAAGCCCUUAUGGGCCUCCCAAGAUGCAACAGCAAGGAUCUAUAUCAAGCGAAACAUCCAACAAGAGGACAAAGCAGCAGUUCGUGAUCUGAACAACUCGGGAGCAGUCUGGAGACAUCUGAUGGGUCGAUAUGAGCGGAAAACUGAGCAUGAUACUGUCAUAUUAGCUCAGAGGAUUACGCAAUGGAAGAAAGACCCUAAGGAUAGUAUUGAGAUAUCCCUCCAACAACUGGAGCAGUUGAACGCUGAUCUAUCUGAGGUUAGCGACCAGAAAUAUAAGUUCGAAGAGUUAAUUAUACUCGUUACGUUUCUGAACGGAUUGCCCGAGGAGUAUAAGACAAUGAGAGACUCCCUAUUCAACAAUAGCACGUUUGAACGAGGAUUGAUCCUAUCGAGACUGCAGCAGAAGGAGUCACAGCUGAGAAUCAGUAUCACUGAAGAAGCUGAGAAAUCUGCAAAUCGGAUAAAGCACAGUCGGGAAUGUUUCAAUUGUGGCAAGAUAGGCCAUUUUGCGAGAGACUGCAGAGCCCCUAAGAAGAAGAGAGAGCCAGAGGAAAGGAAUAGCCGAAGGGAUCGAUAUAGCAGAGAUUCGCGACAAGACCUCAGAAGACCAGGCAGAGAUAAGGGCCGAACAAGAUAUAAAGGCCGCCAGAGAGGCAAAGCUCGUAUAGCAGACGAAGAAUCCGAGUCUGAUAGCAAUUCGAGCGCUAGUUUCAGAAGUUCUACUAGAGAUAGCGCCCAUCGAGCCUACUAA